AUGGCCUCCACUACUAAAGAAUCGGCCCAACCCCGCGUUGAUUUCUUGCAUCAACCCUAUACCCGUGCCGCUCUUCCCUUCGUUAAUGGCGGUUUGGCCGGCAUGACGGCCACGGCCGUCAUUCAGCCCAUUGAUAUGAUCAAAGUGCGUCUGCAGCUCGCUGGCGAAGGUGUGCGCACUGGCCCUCGUCCUUCGGCCUUUGGCGUGGCUCGUAAUAUCAUCGCAUCCGGAAAAGUGCUCGACCUUUACACUGGUUUAUCUGCUGGUCUCCUGCGUCAGGCCGUUUAUACAACAGCGCGCCUCGGAUUCUUUGACACUUUCAUGAAGAGCUUGACCAAGAAGGCCGAGAUGGCGAACCGAAAAGUGACUUUCGCAGAGCGCGCGGGUGCCGGCUUGACAGCUGGUGGUAUAGCCGCCAUGAUCGGUAACCCGGCGGAUCUGGCGCUCGUUCGAAUGCAGUCAGACGGUCUUAAGCCUCCCGAGGCGCGGGCUAACUACCGCUCCGUUAUCGAUGCAUUGCUCCGCAUUUCAAAAGCCGAAGGAGUAACUGCCCUCUGGUCCGGCGCUUUUCCGACCGUUGUGCGUGCCAUGGCCCUCAACCUGGGACAAUUGGCCUUCUUUGCGGAAUCAAAAGCACAGCUGAAGACUCGGACAACUCUUUCGGCGCAAAACCAGACCUUUGCCGCAUCUGCGAUCGCCGGCUUCUUCGCCAGUUUCCUAUCGCUUCCGUUCGACUUUGUCAAAACUCGCCUGCAAAAACAACAAAAGGACCCCAAGACGGGACAAUUACCAUACAAGGGAAUGUUCGACUGUGCUCGCAAGGUGGUUCGUGAAGAAGGCUGGUUGAGGUUCUAUCGCGGGUUUGGCACAUACUAUGUGCGGAUCGCCCCUCAUGCGAUGGUGACCCUUAUCGUCGCUGAUUACCUUAACCUCAUCACCAAGUAA